CCGACCCUGCACUUCCGCGCAGAAGGUCUACAAGCAUUGUUCAGAGCUUGGCCUUGAUGUGUGUAUUUUGUCUCAUUACCGUUCAAACUCUGUUCGCAGUGCGCACUUGUGCUCGCACGCUCGCUUUCGCUCGAAUCUAAGGCCAUCGAUGACGUCUGUGAGCUUCGUCCGUCAACUCUCCGGGGCCAUUCCUCCAUAAUCCGCGCAUUAUCUAGUCCCGCUCCGACCUGCCCGGAGUUUUGAAUAUACUCGAUUGCUCUUACCUCCGCUUCCCUUUCUUCCCCUCUCCUUCGUUUUCCUUUUGGUGUCUCACUCCCAUACAGCUCCUCUGUUCAAUCGCUAGGUUCAUCAUGGUCUUAGGGUGGCUUGGUGGCAAGGGCAAGGCCCCCACCCAUACCAGAAGCUUGACGGCUAUUGAUGAGCUUGCUCAAAUUCAAAAUGCCAUGAGCGCUGUCACCCAUAUUAUGGCCGAUGAUAUCGACAGCGCCGAGGAGAAUCUUCGAAAGGGCCAUUCACCAUUCCACCAGUUGGGAGUCGGUGUAUGCAUGUUCAUGCGAGCAACUUUAGGAUUCGAGCAAGAUGUCAUGCGCGAAGCCAACGACAUGCUUUAUACCGCAGAGAACGGCGCCUACGAAAGUCAGCGCAGAGUCGCAAAGGACGCGAACUCUUUUCGCUCGAACAUCUACCCCCCGGGAACCGAAUACGCAGUAUGCCAAGCAGAGGCUCAGCUGAUGAGCGCUGUCGUUGGCGUGUUGAACGAGAGCUUGACUGAAGCCCUCAAAAGUUUCUACAAGCUGCGCAAGGCGUACAUCACCCUGGAAUCAGUUAUGGAGGCCGAAAGGACAUUUUUGCGGACAAAGAGCUCAAGCAGUCUGAACACCGCCACAUCUUCGAAGCCAGCAUCGGUUCGAUCUACGGGCGGGAGCACCCUCAAGAAGUCACCUUCAAAGACGCCGUCGCUUCGCAAGUCUGCAAAUCCAUCGACCACAAGCCUGAAGCAGACUGGAACCACAACACAACCCUCGGUCGCUGAUGCAAAGCCCAAGAACGGCGAUAGUGACGAUGACUUCGACUUUGUAGAUGCUGAGCAGGAGCGAGGUGCUCAGACGCCUUUGGAGCACGGAGGUCAUUUGAAUCUGCCAGUUCAAGAAGGGGCGAUUGCAUUGGACAACGAGAAGAAGCAAAUCGAUACAAAUGCCAGCUCCGCGCCAGGCCUGCCCACUGGAAACCCACAAGACACUGCCGUACCAGACCCGAUUGCCGAUUUCGAGAAGCUUGUCUUGAGGGACGACAAUGGACAAGCAAGUGUAUCGGAAUUUACCGACCACCCUAUAGACGAGUUCAUCAUUUCCGGGGCCAGUUUCUGCUUCGGCAUCCUCCUCGUAAUCGUGUCGAUGGUCCCGCCGGCUUUCGCUUCUGUGCUCAAGGUCAUUGGUUUCAAGGGAGACAAAGAUCGCGGUCUCCGGAUGCUUUGGCAAGCAACAAAAUUCAACAACAUCCACGGCGCCAUGGCCGGUGUCAUCCUGAUGGGGUACUUCAACGGAUUCGUUGGCUUCUGCGACAUCAUUCCAGAAACCGGCGAGGGUGCAUACCCUGAGAGAAGAUGCAAGGCUUUGAUGGCGGAAAUGAGGAGGCGAUACCCGAAAAGUCAUUUGUGGCUGCUUGAAGAGGCUCGUAUGCUGUCCAGGGAGAAGCAUCUGGAGGCAUCUGUCAAGUACCUGGAAGACAUUGGCGAAUCUCCGUUCAAGCAGCUGGAGGCCCUGAGCUGGUUCGAACGCUCCUUGGAUCUGAUGUACAUACACGACUACGCCAAGACCAGUACCGCAUUCCAGACUUGUAUCACACUCAACAACUGGAGCCACGGACUGUAUCACUACAUCUGCGGAGCUUCCUACGUUGAGCUGUAUCGACGAGCAAAGGUCUCAGACCCGAAAGCGGCACAAGCCUAUGCAGACCAGGCGAACGAAUAUUUCAAGCAGGUUAUCCCCAAUAUCGGCAAGAAGAAGUUCAUGGGCCGCCAGCUACCGUUUGACACAUUCGUCAAUCGCAAAAUCUCGAGAUGGGAGUCGCGCGCAAAGGAAUGGAACUGCUCCUUCAUUGAUGCCAUCGGUGUCUCGCCAGUUGAGGAGAUGAUCUAUUUUUGGAACGGCUACAAGCGCAUGCGUCCUGAGCAUCUGCAGCACUCGCUAGAGAAUCUUGCCUGGAGCGAGUCGGCUGCGAACCCUCAUUGGGCGAAAGAGGACUUGACCGAGAAGGCCAUACUUUCCACCCUUCGUGCUGUGUGCUUACGUACUCUUGGCCAGACAGCCGAGGCUGAGGAGAUCCUGCAAAAGGAAGUCAUCGCCCACGAUGCGACAGCAUUUGCGGGCGCUCUGAAGGAUGACUGGAUGCCACCUGUUGCGCGGUACGAGAUGGCGGCGUGCAAGUGGCAGGAAGCUGUUGCCGACGGCAACCCACAGGCUCAUCCGGAUACUUUGAACCAGUGCAAGACAUGGCUUGAGGCCUCGGGUAGCUGGGCUGGAUACGUUCUGGAUGCCAGGGUUGGUAUGAAAAUAACGACUGGCAAGGGCACAUUGAGAAGAUUCGGCGUCGCUAUUUAGGCAUGCUGGAAAUACGAUACGGCAAUUGGGCGGAUACAGGUUCUGGUACAUUGAUCUAUGACCAUCGAGUUACCCGUUCAUAAACCCAUAGAAGAACGAAAUGGGCCGACAGUAUGGAACCAGAAGAGAAGACCAAAAUACAAAGUUCCGCCUGCAGAACCUUCGCUCGACGCCCGUCUUGAAAACGCGUGAUGGGAAGUAAUAUAGUGUGGACCUGGUUCCAGAGCCACGCGUGGGCAGCUCAUGCAGCCAUGGCUACAUCCAACGUCCA